AUGGAAGGAUGGCUAAUUAAACGAUCUGGUCUACCGCAUAUCUGGCAUCGUAGAUAUUGUGUAAUCAAAGAUGAUGGCUUCUUUAUCUAUCUUGAUGAAUCAAAGACAAAAUUGACCAAUUCAUUCGUCAUCACACCAAAAUCACAGGUUUCGUUGAUUGAAACCAGAUGGAGAGUCGGAUUCAAAAUCACACAGCCAGAAGGAAAGAUCUUUUCUUUUCAAGUAAAAGAUAAUAAAGAUUUUCAUAAUUGGCUCAGCCACAUUCUUGUACUGUCAAUCCCCGAGAAUACGACCAAAAUAAAAGAAUACAAAAUCAUUUCAGAACUUGGACGUGGAUUUUACGGUAAAGUUGUUUUGGCUCGUCAUAAAGAGACCGGAAAGUUCUGCGCCAUCAAAUCAAUCCACAAGAAGUCCCUCGUAGAUAUGGCAAAAGUUGAUACGAUCAUGUCUGAACGUGAGAUUUUGAAGACCACAAAAUCACCGUUCAUCGUGUCACUUUUAUCGUCUUUCCAGACUCCAUCGAAAUUCUACUUAGUUUUAGAGUACGUUUCAGGUGGAGAUCUUUUCCAGCACAUGUCUAAGAGCAAUGCGAUUACUGUUGAUCAAAUUAAGCUUUAUACUGCUGAAAUCGCAACAGCAUUGCAACAAUUACACAAAGAAAGGAUUAUUUACAGAGAUCUUAAGCCAGAGAACAUUCUUAUUUGCGAAGAUGGCCAUAUCAAGCUCACUGACUUCGGAAUUUCCAAAAUGCUCGAUUCCGAUAAAGAUACAACGAAAACUUUAUGCGGAACAUCAGAGUAUUUAGCUCCAGAAGUCAUCCAGGGCAAAGAAUAUACAGAAGCCAUUGAUUGGUGGCAAGUCGGAAUUCUUUUAUAUGAAAUGUUCGCAGGAAGGACGCCAUUUGAGGAUCCAAAUAGAACGACAUUGUACUCAAACAUCCUCAAUAAGAAUCCAAACUACUUCCCAAUCACUGAUGAAAACACAAGAACAUUAAUCGCUUCUCUUCUUAAGAAAGACCCAACAAAACGUGCAGGCUACAAUGAAAUAAGGAACUCUAAGUUCUUUGAAGGUUUUAAUUGGACAGAACUUGAUAAAAGAACCUCAUAUGUUCUUCCAAAGAGCGUAAGCAGCAGUGAUGGUCUUAACAACCUUGAUAAGAUACAAACAUCAGAAGCUGAAGAUUCGGACGCUCCUCCUGUCCUUCAGAAGUUUGGAGAUUUUGAAUAUACAAAUCCAGAAUUUGAUGUUUAA